AGUGGACACAAACUCAUCUUUAAAUCCUCGACUGCACUUCUAAUAUAAAUAUGUUCCUCUGUUCCAUUAAGAUCAUAGAUGGUGUAAAUCCAAGCAGUGUUUCUCCUGAUGUUGUGUCCCACGUUGCCUUCAGUGUUCAGCUGAGAGCAGAGAAAUCAUUUCCAUAGAGAGGAGGCUUUGCAUGGUCAGCUGAUCCUCCAGUGAACUGAGAAGGUUUAUAGUCCUGUGAGUUCAACACUGCAGGACUCACAUCUGUCAGUCAACACAGCAGAAAGCACAACCACCAUGACUCUCAUCACCAUCCUCAUCUGGACGCUGGCCUGCUGCUGUUUUACAGGAUGCAGCGGUCAGGUGACUGUGACUCAGCCUCCAGUAAUGACAUCUGCUCCAGGAUCCACUGUCACUCUCACUUGUAAAGUAAACCCACAGUUUUAUGUUUACUCAGAUGGAGAUAGUAGAGUACACUGGUACCAGCAGAAAUCUGGAGAAGCCCCCAAGUUGGUCAUCAACUUGGGUAAAAAUCCUACAAGUGAGUUUUCAUCUCGAUUCUCUGGCAGAGCAGACGGAGUGAAUGCUGCACUGACCAUCAGUGGAGUUCAGGCUGCAGAUGCAGCAGUUUAUUACUGUCAGAGUGCACAUGAAAUCAGCAGUGCUUGGGUGUUCACACACUCAAAGUCUAAAUUUUCCAGAUGGACUUUAAAGUGUCACAUGAUCCUCAAGAUGAUGAGCUGUCACUCCACCUCACCUCCUCUGUGUCUGUUUCACAUCAACAGAGAGUCUGAACUGUUUCCAUGCACUCACACUGAAAACUGCAUCAGGAUGAUGUCGCCAAUAACUCUGAUUGUCAUGUUGGGUUUUCUGAGUCAGGAGUGUUCUGCAAACAAUUUUCUGACUCAGGCUGACAAAUCCAAGUCUGUUAGUCUUGGAGGGACUGUGACCAUCAGAGCCACAGGGAGCUCAAAUAUUGGUAGCACUCUCAGUUGGUACCUUCAGAAACCUGGUCAGGCUCCCAAUCUUCUGAUAUAUUUGGCAUCAAAUCGCUUCUCUGGAACUCCGUCUCGAUUCAGUGGCAGCUAUUCUGGUUCUAGCUACACUCUGACCAUCAGUGGUGUUCAGGCUGAAGAUGCAGGAGAUUACUACUGUCUGGGUGCCCAUGGUGGUGGAGUGUACACUUUUGGUGGAGGAACCAAACUCAUCAUUCACUCUGGCCCCAUGGUCAGGCCCUCCGUCUCUCUGCUUCCCCCCUCCUCUGAGCAGCUCUCCGGGGGCUCGGCCACGCUGGCCUGCCUGCUGACCGGCUACUCUCCUCAGGGAGCCGCGGUGCGCUGGGAGGUGGACGGUACGGAGGUGACAGAGGGGGUCCUGAGCAGCUCGGAGGAGGAGAGGAGUGGACGCUACAGCAGCAGCAGCACCCUGAGCCUGAGCCGGGAGCGCUGGAUGGAAGGAGAGCUGUACACCUGCAAGGUCCUCCAUCAUGACCACAGCCAGACCCAGUCCCUCCACAGGAGCCAGUGUAAGGCCUAGAGGGGCCGACUGAAGCCCAGGACAGGAGCUGUGUGUGGGGGGAGCAGGAGGAACACACCUGCUGCUCUGAUCAGUCUGAGUCUGAAUGUUUGUAGAGGAAACUAAAGCUUUGUGUGACAGAGAACAACACUGCUGUAAAGUGUUGGACAGCAACAACUUAGAGAGUGAUGUGUGUAGCUCAGCAGCUUGAUGUGAGUGUGCUUAGUAACUGUCAUGAUGAUGAUUCAUGUUUCUGCUAAUAAAGCUUGAAGUGAUCAAUAACUUUA